GAAAUAGUCGAAGGAAAUGCCACUACGCAAAAGAGUGGUCUGCUUCCAUCCACAAAUCCUCUGGAUUCCAACGAUGCACCAGCAAUACACGCGGCGGCGCUUGAUGGCGUCGUUGUUGUUAAGGACCCGAAUGCUGGGUUUUACAUCUGUUCCUGCGGAAAGGUAAGCCUGAAUACCCAUUUUAUAGCUUACUAUGACAUGAAAUCCUCGACUUAUUCGAAUGUUAUUCGCAUUUGAUGCCUGAUGUCUAAGACUUGUCUGGAUGAUCCGAUUGUCAUUGAACCAGCCUGCUGAUUCGAAGAAGUCAUAUAAAGAAUUCGAAAAUCUAAGAGCACACUAUCGAACCCAUAAGGAGAAGCCGCUGUGGUGUACAUACCCGGGAUGCGGCAAAUCCUUUCGAAACAUGGAAUUGCUUCUUAGGCAUGGGAAGCGCCAUGUAGAUGUAGAUUCCCAGACAGCCAUUUAUAAGAAUGCCAAAACGAUGCCAGGAGAAGAUGCGGACAGCACACGUCACGCUUGGUUAGACGAUCGUAAACGACAAACUUCAACUCCUUCUGCACAAGUAUCGGAGUAUACGAGCAACGACAGAGAGUCUCCGGGUCCACCAUCGUACGACCCCUUCUCCUUGCUAGAUUACUGUUUCCAUUGCGAUCGGCAACUCCCAGAAGGCCACACAUUCGGUGGCUAUUGCUCGGAGACUUGUAGACUAGCAGACAGCAAGACCCUUUCUUCACCGGAUCAUAAACCCGAACCGAGAGCGCAGAAUAGCUUCUUCCUGCCACCACGCGCAGAUUUUGCGUCCUACAGGCCCAGCCCCGCCUCAAUCACAUCUAGUGCAGCGCCAAAAUGGCCUCCCGUAUCAGUGAGCAAGCUUUCCGAAGUUUCCAAGGCUGGCCAAGGAGUGCCAGGGAGAAUCGGACAGAAAAAAGAGUACGCUAUCAGUGAUGACGAACAGAAGGACCACAUAUUGAACAGUGAGAAGUCAACUGCAGAGCUGGUAGAAGAAGAUACGCCAACUGGAAAGACGGCCGGGAUAUCCUUACCUGCUGUAUGGAAAAAGAUUGCGGAUUCCGCUUUCGCUGCCAACCAGGGAAUCGCUCAAUCACAGGCUUCGGGACAAAGCCCAAACCAUAUUAGAGGAGAAAUCAAGGCCCCCAGCUCGCCCGGGAUUUCUCCCUACGGGAGUGACGCGGAAGAAGCAGAUGAACCGAGCUAUCCUGCUUCCAGUCAGUUCAACAAUGCUCCAGACGCAUUUAAGAUGAAUGAGCAGAAUUCAGGCGUCGCUAGCUUAUUUCAAGAGGAGAGCCCACUGUUGGAGACCACAACGGACUCUUCAACUAAAGUGGACAGCAGUGUACCAGGUGAACAGUCGAAGGGAUACCUCCAACCGCUUCUUUCCGGCUGGCAAGCAAUCGCAGCAGCGGCUUUCGCGACGAAUAGUGGCAUAGCCCAAAAUCAAGCUGUGAUGCAACUUCAAAAUCAAGCUUUUAGGCAACUUCUCAACUCAUCCGGGAGAACUCAGUCAGAAGACAGUCAAAACAACAUUCUUCGGUCUCGUCUUGAUAAUGAUGUGAAAGAUUCCAUGACCAACAAGGGAUCACAGAGUCACCGUGGGCCCAUCGACCCUCAAAUAAGAGACGGGCUGGAUAGUGUAGAGGCGAAAAACUCGCAAAAUCAUUCGAACCCAGUUUCUGGUGAACCGAUUGAGGCCACCAAGCAACGUAGUGUAUUUGAAUCAAUAGCACGCCAGGUCACUGGGAUAUUCGCCAGUUCCAGUCCCUCCUUAGCCGAACUCGCCACACAGGUUGUUCAUCAAGAAGUCCAUGGUGCACUACUCCAUGAAAAGGAGACGUUUCUUCCGGAGCAUCAAGAGAGGAAUGAAACCCCUGAAUUUGAUUCAGGGCGUCAGACUCCUCUUCGUGGUCUGGGACUAAUACACGCGAAGGAUAAUGAUGAUGCAGUCCAAGUUGGACCCAGUUACCCAGAACGAACUCUAACACACUCGGACGACGAAGCCGACUCAAUAUUUUCAUCCUACGCCGACUCCAUAUUUUCCAUUCAAUCUCUAGAGACGUCCGCCACCGCCCUGUCUAAAGCGAGCGGCUAUUCCACCACGCAGAUCGCGACGGCUACUCGCGAACUCGUAGUGAUUUUCCACACCGAUCCAAUGCUCGUGCCAUUGUACCGCAGCGCACUGGAUAAUCCAAGCAUCGGCGCAGAACGAUUACAGAGAAACCUACGGCGCCUGUUCAAAUGCUAUGCCAAAUCGUUGGAAGAAGAAGCAGGCGACAUGUUGGAACACCUCGCUUCCAAAUUGGUCUCCACAAAAGCGAGAUAUCUUGCACAAUCGAUUGUGGAGAAGUUCAAUAGAGCAGACCGUCUUCCGAACGUGUCACCGACAGUAGUUGCCGUUGAGAGCUCCGACGACGAUGAUGAAGAUGAAGAUGAAGAACGAGGGAGGCAGCCCGUCAAUGAAGACGCUUUCGAUGAUCUUGUAUUAUUCCGGGACUUCCUCACGACAAGUCGGGCUUUCCACACACUCCGUUGUCAGAUUGCAAACUUUGUUCGUCCAGGUACGGCGGCCGACCAAAACUGCAGAGAAGUGUCAUGCGAAGGCCAAAAGACGGCCACUGAGCCGCACCCGCGCGAGCAAGAAGUCGACAAAAAAGUCGUUCCACCUUCCAUUCGCGCUUUGUUUAGAAACCAAUAUAUGGAGCGCUGGUCUGCAACAGCUAAGGACUUAUUGCGGGAACUGUACAUUGCCACGGGCCAGCUCGAGCCACCACAACCCCAAAGACUAGGGCAGAGCCGCUUACGAUGGACCUGUAGAUGCGGAGAGAAACUCUUCGGUGAUGUAACAGAGCUAGAACGCGGAGGUCUUGAAUACCUAAGAAGACAGAUGCAACUUUCCUCCGGCGCACAAUUUGACACUGAUGACUUUUCGACCGGCAACUCCGGACAGAAAUAUAUAUACCAUCGACCUUUUUCUUGGGUACAGAGAGGUAUCGGAAAGUUCGUUGGAAGUAUGCAGCAGUCGUCACGUCAAACGCUGCCGAGCAGCAAUGCAUGCUCGUCGGUAGCAACUCAGGCGCCGCAGUGUUCCAUGAUGAACAAGCAAAUUCUGUACAUGAUGGCCUGCAUGCACCGAGGCCGAAGAGGGAGGAACCUACUCCAGGAUAGAAUCGAAUCCGUGACAACCGAUCGCCAGUUGUUCCGCUUUCUCAGGCAACAAUAUGUGGCACACAGAGGAAAGAUAAAAGCCGUUCUGUCACUGAGGGGUAUCCAAGGCAUCCUCUUCGUCAAGUUCCGUCUCCCAAUGGGCGGCAGUGUAGAAAUCCGCCCUCACAACAUGUGCUGCCGCGACUUCGCAUGCGAAUGCCUCCCGCCCGAAUCCAUCGUCGAGCCCGCACCUCAAGCGGAAUAUCGCUGCAGACCCAUCCCCCCUCGCACCUCCCCUCCAGUUCUCCCCGAGUAUCUAGCCCAUCUAUUCGCUUCACCCGAAUGCGUCAAUGAGCACGACACGUGGAUUCUAGAUCAACUGCCCAAGCGCAAGUGCGGUCGGCUAUUGGGAAAAGUGGGAGAGCCGGCAGAGGGAUGGGGUAUUUAUUACCAGGAGGGGUGGGAUAGGGAUAAGAUUACGUUGGUUUGCUUCGUUGUGUUUCUCCUAGGCAGUCUGGUGUUUGGGAUUUUGUGGUCGAGGUUUAAGAUGGAUGUGCAGGGUGCUUUUGGCGUCGCUGCGUAUAUGGUGACUUUUUGUGCGGUUUUGGUGGCGUUUGUUAGUACGAGGGAGCAUACGUAGGAUGCCUUGAGAGUGACACAAGCGUUGUCCCAAUUUCUGGAAUUUUACACUAAUGACCAUUGUCAAGUCGCCAUGUCAUAGUUUUAUUACUGUUCUCAGGGUGCUAGAGACUAGGUAGUUUUAUAACUUCAUUGUAGCAUCUCUACCUACAAGUUGCUAUAAUGAAAAGAAAGAUAUCCUGCAUAUUCCUGAC